UCCAGCUGCUUUCCCAGCUACCCACAGCCAUGGCCCUGGCCCAGCAGCUGCGAUCGGAGAGCGACUUUGAGCAGCUUCCAGACGAUGUGGCCAUCUCGGCCAACAUUGCUGAUAUCGAGGAGAAGAGGGGCUUCACCAGCCAUUUUGUUUUUGUCAUCGAGGUAAAGACGAAAGGAGGAUCCAAGUAUCUCAUAUACCGCCGCUAUCGCCAGUUUCACGCCCUGCAGAGCAAGCUGGAGGAGCGGUUUGGGCCCGAGAGCAAGAACAGCCCAUUCACCUGCAGCCUGCCCACACUGCCAGCCAAAGUCUACAUGGGUGCAAAACAAGAGAUUGCUGAGUCUCGGAUCCCAGCCCUCAAUGCCUACAUGAAGAACCUCCUGAGCUUGCCGGUCUGCGUGCUGAUGGACCCCGACGUCAGGAUCUUCUUCUAUCAGUCUGCAUACGAUGCGGAGCAGGUGCCCCAGGCACUCCGCAGGCUCCGACCACGCACGCGCAAAAUCAAGGGUGUGUCUUCACAAGGGGCCGGCAUGGAUCGCAUGGAAGCUCCAAGAGCAGAGGCCUUGUUUGACUUCACUGGGAACAGCAAACUGGAGCUAAGUUUCAAAGCUGGAGAUGUGAUCUUCCUUCUCAGUAAGAUCAACAAAGACUGGCUGGAGGGCACAUCCCAGGGAGCCACAGGCAUCUUCCCGGGGUCUUUCGUGAAGAUCCUCAAGGACUUCCCCGAGGACGAGGACACCACCAACUGGCUAAGAUGCUACUUCUAUGAAGACACAGGCAAAACCAUCAAGGACAUCGCAGUGGAGGAGGACGUCAACAGCACCCCCUUGUUCAAAGACCUGCUAGCGCUCAUGAGGCGUGAGUUCCAGAGAGAGGACAUUGCCCUUAAUUAUCAGGAUGCUGAGGGGGACCUGGUUCGGCUGUUGUCGGAUGAGGAUGUGGGACUCAUGGUGAAGCAGGCCCAAGGCCUCCCCUCCCAGAAGCGCCUCUUCCCCUGGAAGCUGCACGUUACACAGAAGGACAACUACAGUGUCUACAACACUGUACCCUGAGUCACAGGGACCCUGUGGCAAGGCAAGGACAGAGUGCUCAGCAAAGGGCCUUUACCUUCUUUUUG